AUAUGAAUUACUCCACUACAACACUACGAGAGAAUAUGAGACAGAGGCAGAAUUGACUUAUCUCCAGCUGUCUUCCCCACCACCCCACUUCGAUACAUCACAUCCGUCAGCAAUCGCGGCACCAUGAGACACGAACGCGCUACACUCCCGACACCCAAGUCGAGCAACUCUUUCUGGCACAGUGAGCCGAACGAGUUCCUGCUUGGCCAUCGCACCACCGAGGACCUCCCCGCAGAAGCUGAUAUCGUUAUCGUGGGGAGCGGUAUCACGGGCACCUCUGCUGCAAGAUAUCUGGCAGAGGACGAGAGGGCAAAUGGCAAGAGCGUUGUGUUGCUAGAAGCUAGGGAGGCGUGCUGGGGUGCUACUGGCCGGAAUGGUGGACACUGCCAACCCCUCCUCUUCGACAGAGGCUCAGAAGUCGCCGCAUUCGAGAUGAAGAACGUAGACGCAGUGCGUUCGUACAUUCAGAAGAACAACGUCCCAUGUGAAUGGCGCGAGGUAUCCGGCUGCCGCACAUUCUGGACCGAAGAAGUCAUGAAAGAGGCAGAGAAUGAGAUUGCCCACCUCGAGAGCAUAGCACCAGAUCUUGCAAAGCAUGUAAAGAUCAUCAAAGACAAGGAGGAGUUGAAGAAGCACCGGGUCUCCCCCGAUUGUGUUGGAGCGACGCUUACAGCAGGAGCUGCAAGUUUAUGGCCAUACAAGCUCGUGACCUUCAUUUUGGAAAAGCUCGUCAAAGACGGACGUCUCAAUCUUCAGACCAACACUCCCGUCACCGAAAUCACGUCGUCGGACGGCAAGCACACGCUGCACACGGACCGCGGUACCAUCAGCGCGAAAACCGUCGUCCUAGCGACAAACGGCUACACUUCCGCCAUCCUCCCUCACUUCGCCGACCUCAUUGUACCCGUCCGCGGCGAGAUGUCCGCUCUCCUUCCACCCAAAAACUCUACGCUCAUCCCCGAUUCCUACGGCAUGGUCGCCGCCCUCGGCCAGCCAUCCAACAACGACGACUACCUCAUCCAACGCCCCUUCGACGGCGUGCCAAACCCCAAAGGCCAUCUCAUGUUCGGCGGCGGCCGUGGAGCAGGGCUCCCGAGCAUCGGCGUCUCAGACGACACCAUCGUCGACGAAGGAGCAGCAGCGUACCUUCGCAGCGCGCUGCUCAAGGUCCUCGAACUAGAUGGCGAGACGCAGGGUCUGAAGGAGCUCGAAGCCACCGCGCAAUGGACGGGAAUCAUGGGCUACUCCAGGGACGACCAUCCGUGGGUGGGCAAGGUGCCUGAUAAACAGGGCUUGUGGCUCUGCGGUGGGUACACAGGGCACGGUAUGCCGAACACCACGCUGUGCGGGAAGGCAGUAGUACACAUGUUGCUCGCCGAGGAGGCUGGUGAGGAUCUGAGCACAACCCAAGCACGUAUGGUGGAUAAUGCGGACCUACCGCAGAGUUAUUUUCUCACAAAGGAGAGGAUUGAAAGGACGAGAGAGAGGUUCUUGACGGUGCAGCAGCAGGAUGAGCAGGGUGUGCAUAUGAAUGGGGUUGUUUAGGUAGUGGGGCAGUGUAUCUUCC